CUUCUCCGUGGAGAGCUGCCCGUCUCACACCAACUUUAAUCCCUCCGGCUACCGUGUGAAGAAGCGAUGGCGGAGGUUAUUGUCUCUGCCUUUGUGCAGGUGUUGCUUAAGAAAUCCACAUCCCAAAUCCUUCGUCAAUAUGGAAAGAUGUGGGGCUCCACUGUCUACAGGCAGCUGAAAAAGCUUGAGAGCACGCUGUCCACCAUUCAAGCCGUCCUCCAGGAUGCUGAGGAGAAGCAGGUGAAGAACGAGGCGCUGAAAAAAUGGUUGGCAGAUCUCAAGGAUGCAGCCUAUGAUACUGAAGACAUCCUGGACGAGUUCAACUACGAAGUUCUGCGGCAGAGGGCGGAAAUCCGAGAUCGCAUGAAGAGGAAGGUAUGGGACUUCUUCUCUUUCCGUAAUCCUAUCAUAUUUCGCAUUACAAUGAUGAACAAGAUUAAAGAGAUCGUGGAGAGGUUGGAUAACAUUGCAGCGGAGAGAUCUAAGUUCCAUCUGACAGAAAUUGGUCCAGUGGAUAGGCAGUAUUUGAGUACAGAGAGACCAGAAACUCACUCUUUUGUCAAAGAGUCAAACAUCAUAGGAAGAGAGGAGGAUAAGAAGAAGAUCGUAGAGUCGCUCAUCAGUCGAGCUGGCAGGAGUGACGUUUCGGUCCUUCCAAUACUUGGGAUCGGAGGCCUUGGGAAGACGACGCUAGCACAGCUGGUGUACAAUGAAAUAACGGUUGCAGAGCAUUUCCAACAGCGCAUAUGGGUCUGUGUGUCAGAGAAUUUUGAUAUCAAAAAUAUUGUCAAAACAAUAAUAGAAUCGGCAACUCAGAGAAAAUAUGAACUUUCUGAUAUGGAUUCUUUACAACGUACUUUGAGAGAAGUUCUCGGUGGUAAGAGAUUUCUGCUUGUGCUCGACGAUGUUUGGAAUCCAUGGGAAGAAUUAAAAGAAUUGUUAACAGCUGGGGCUGAAGGAAGUUGCGUUAUUGUGACAACCCGCAGUACAACCGUUGUUUCAUCUAUCAUCGGCACGCUCGAUGCCUAUGAACUGAAACCACUGUCCGAUGAUGAAUGCUGGAGCUUGUUUGAAAGAAACGCAUUUUCUAAGGGUGAUGCGGAGAAGUCCGCAGAUCUGAUACAUAUUGGAAAAGCCAUUGUGGAGAAGUGCGGAGGCCUGCCCCUGGCGGCGAAGAUGCUGGGGAGAUUAAUGCGCACGAAGAGGGAGGUGAGGGAAUGGAGGUCAGUGAUGGAAAGUAAAAUUUGGAAGCUAAAUGAUGAUAAGAUCCUCCCUUCGUUGAGGUUGAGCUAUAAUCACCUGCCUUGUCAUGUGAAACAAUGCUUUGCUUAUUGCGCCAUAUUCCCAAAGGAUUAUGAAAUAGACAAGGAGAUGCUGAUCCAGUUGUGGAAGGCUAAUGGAUUUAUUCCAUCUGAUCUAGAGGAGGACAUGGAAUUGAAAGGCCAGGAGAUUUUCUACGAGCUGUUGUCAAGAUCCUUCUUCCAAGACAUGAUAAUUCACAAACAGACAUUCAAAAUGCACGAUCUGAUUCACGACCUUGCACAAUCC